AUGACCUCCAAACAAGUUCGAGAAGCACUAAAACUCUUCAAGCAAAGCGUUAGUGAGCCACGCUACUGCUCAGAGCUCAUCUUGCAGUCCAUCGACGGUUACGGAUGUAAGCAUGCUCAUCAUCAACAAAGCUGUGAUCACAGGCUGAUCAUUCUCACAGGCAUAGCUUCUCCAGAUCUCAUCGACUACCUCGCGAGCGUCAUCAAGGACGGCAUCGAAGUUGGUGCGACGGCCGAAGACAUACUGGACCACACGAUGCACCAAGUACAUAUUCUUCUCGAUGCCACCCUCAACCAGACGUUAAUCAAGGCAGGCGGCGAGACCUGGCAUGAGUGGUUGACCCUGCUCUCUGACCAGACCGGUCCGCUACCCUACCCUCUAAUUUCAUGGAUGGCAUUGGGCUCCAUCCUGCACAGAGUACUCACUUUUGACCUGGAUCCGAAGGCGACAGCAAUGCUAUGGAUACAUCUAGCUGUCGGUGUGCGAUUUAGAAAGGCCAUCACUAGCACUGUGUGCAUGGACAGGGCUCGGCGAUUACUUGGAGUCAACAGAGUCGUCUUCCACCUCGACGAGGCGAACAACAUACCCGUCCCCCAGUGGAUUCAGGACUUGGUCGCUCGAUUGUAUGAGGGACAGCACAAGGUUCACAUCGUAAGAAGCUCCAAUGCUCUUGAUUCCUCUGGCGGCGCUUACGUCAGUCCGAGCGGGAACUUGGGAGUCUACUCGGAUUACGUGUAA